UCAAAGGCCUCUCAUUUCAAUUUUCAAAACCAGGAAAAAAUCUGACCUUUCUCACAAACUCCCCGCCACCGCCCACUACCAUGGCCUCUGAUCCCCACCCCUCUCCCACCACCACCGCCACUACCGCCGCUACUGCCACCGCCGUAACCACAAACACACGCCCCUUCCCAAUCCCAAACACAAACACAAACACAAACACGAACCCACCAUCGCAAUCAACAAGGCCCAACAUGUCUCCACUCCUGUACCCACAAGCCCACCACCAUCAGCACCACUACACACCCAUCAGACCAACCCCAAGCCACCACCAACAACAAUCUUCUCACUCUCAGGGAGUUCUAUACCCGGUCGCCUCCUCCGGCCGCGGCUUCAUCCCCAAACCGCUACCGCCAAUGCACGCUGUCACCGUCGCCGCCCAUCCUGGUAAUGCUACUUCCACUGCUGCUGCUGCUGGUGGUGCGUACCCACCUCGCCCUCUCGUCUCCUACUCCCAACCCCACGGUCUCAGCCAUCCUGUCCAUGUCAUGAGGCCUCCCCACUACCACCACGUGCACCCUGCUCAGCUAGCCGGUCAGGGUUUGGGUCCCGGUCCGGGUCCGGUUAAGGGCAUUCCGGUUUCGUCUCCGCAAUCCAAGGGUGUUCCUCCAUCAUCGGUCGCUGAUACUAAUGGCUAUAGAGAUAAGAGGGAUAGAAGCAGAGAUGACACACUGACCACUAUCAGAGAUCGAAAAGUCAGAAUAAUAGAUGGGGCUUCUCUAUAUGCACUUUGCCGAUCAUGGUUGAGGAAUGGUUUUCCAGAAGAAAGUCAGCCACAGUAUGGGGAUGCUGUGAAGGCUCUUCCAAAACCUUUGCCUAUACCUGUGUCAGCCACUCAUCUGCCAAAGAACAAGGAAGCUGAAGAAGAAGAGGCAGAGGAUAAGGAGGAUGAGGAAUCUGUUGAGCAUUUAUCACCACAAGAUCUUUUGAAAGGACACAUCAAACAUGCUAAAAAGGUUCGAGCACGAUUAAGGGAAGAACGGUUACGUCGAAUUGCAAGGUAUAAAAGUAGGCUUGCUCUUCUCCUUCCUCCGCUGGUAGAACAGUUCAGAAAUGAUACAGCUCCUAGGAACUGAUUCUUGCAGCGUUGACUAGGCAUCAUUGUCAAUAUUGGGCAUCCUCAUGCACUUCAUGUAAAAAGCUGUAAACUUGCAGAGGUUGGUUAUUAAGCCUUUCAGGGAUCAGGAAAAGUGACUCAAAUUUGCUGGAGUUCAUUGAUCAAGAUGCAAGCCGAUUGGAAAAUUGUUUGGGGAGGUUUUUGCUUAUAAAUAUACAUAGAAUUGUUGUUAGCUUUGCCCUAGUGUUUACAUCAUUGUGCAACUUCGAAACAGAGUGCAAAUGUUCUCUACUAAUCUCUAAUUAAUCUACUUUUUUUUAUAUUCUGUUCAAAGAUGUUCUCUGCUUCCUUUGAACCGAUCCAGGCAUUUUGCAACAGUUGCCUUCUCCUGUUAAAGAUUCAAAACCUACUACUGAGUUGAAUGUAUUCCAUCAAAAAUUGAAUGAUCAAUUACUUAGAUAUUCGAUGACA